AGUUUACUCGAACAAAUCCUUUCAGCCAAUCGAGUUUCAUCUGAACGGUGAGUUUGCCGAAAGGAACAGGAAGUUCCUGCAACGAAACGAAUAUGCUAAAGCGGUAACUGUUUUAGAGGAACAUACUUUCAUUGUGGUGGUUCUUUUCAAUAUUAGUCACCACAUGGAAUGGGGGGACGACAACAGCACUGGCAUUAGUGAUACUUUAUCGGAAAAGUACGCUAAACGUUGUGGUCCAUCGUUUUUGGAUGUUUUAAGCUAACUCCGGCGUUAGCGCUAGAGUUAGCUUGUUCAGCCGAACCAUGGAAAUGAGUGUAACAGAGGACAGACCUACCUAAUUUCACCAAACACAGAUCUAUUUUUUUUUUGUUGCCACAAUGAAGAGCAUUAGAGUGCACCUUUAAAGGCCCGAAACAUGAACUCGGUCUCUCCCAACACGGUGUCCUUCGUGGCCGGAGUGAUGCAGGAGGAGCCGGUGGAGAGCCGGAGGCAGCAAGCUCUGGAAUGGCAGAACAGCCACGGAUUCAGGCCGCACCCAAACCCAAGUACCAGCAGAGAGGCGGCCGAAGAGCCCGACGAGAUGGACAAACUGAAGGCCAAACUGAUGUCGGCGUGGAACAGUGUCAAAUAUGGCUGGACUGUUAAGACUAAAACUUCCUUCAACAAAACGUCACCCAUUAUUGUUCUGGGACACACCUAUCUACUCAACAGCGAGGAUGAGGUGGAGCGAUUUCGUCUGGAUUUUGUCUCCAGGAUCUGGCUGACCUACAGAAGGGAGUUUCCUCAACUUGAAGGCUCCACCUGGACCACCGAUUGUGGCUGGGGCUGCAUGCUGCGCAGCGGGCAGAUGCUGCUGGCACAGGGACUCCUGCUUCACUUAAUGCCACGAGAUUGGACUUGGCCAGACGCUCACCAGCUCACCGACGUGGACUUUGAGAUCUUCCGACCGCGCUCCCCAGUGCGGGCUGCAGGGGUUCCCAUCCCUUCUUUUGGCUCUCCUCGUGGCUCCACCACACCUGAGAAAUCUUUUUCAACCUCCCAGGCUCUAAGAAACAGCCAGAAAAAAAGACCUGAGUCUUCGAGGGACCGGCUAGCAGAGCCCACCCACCAAAGACUUGUUACCUGGUUUGGAGAUCAACCUCCUGCACCUUUCGGUGUUCAUCAGCUGGUGGAUAUCGGCAAAGGUUCUGGAAAGAAAGCAGGAGACUGGUAUGGCCCCUCAGUAGUGGCACACAUACUACGAAAAGCAGUGGCAAAAACAUCUGUUGGGCAGAGCUUGGCUGUGUAUGUGGCUCAGGACUGCACAGUCUACAAAGAAGACGUGCUACAACUGUGCGAUCCCUCACUAAGUCAAAGAGCCGCUGAUCCUUCCAGCCAGACGUGGAAGUCUGUCAUCAUCCUGGUGCCGGUCCGGCUCGGAGGGGAGGCCCUCAACCCGUCAUACAUCGAAUGUGUCAAGAACAUCCUAAGGCUCGACUGCUGCAUUGGAAUUAUUGGUGGCAAACCCAAACAUUCACUUUACUUCAUUGGUUUCCAAGAUGAGCAGCUGUUGUAUCUGGACCCCCAUUACUGCCAACCAGUCGUUGAUGUCACUCAAGCCAACUUUUCAUUGGAGUCGUUUCACUGUAGCUCUCCAAAGAAAAUGCCCUUCAACCGCAUGGACCCCAGCUGCACCGUCGGCUUCUACGCCAAGACUAAGAAGGACUUUGAGUCCUUGUGUUCUGUUGUUGGCAUGGCUCUCUCAUCCUCCAAGGAGAAGUAUCCCAUUUUCACUUUUGUCGAUGGGCGGGGGCAGGACUAUGGACUUGAAGCUCACAGCAGCAACCACUUUGGACCUCCACCUCACAUCCUGCCUCCAGAAAAUCGUGGCAGGGGCAACAUCAGACAAAGCAGUGAGGAGUUUGUGUUCUUGUGAAGGAAGAUGCAUUCUUGUCUGCCGCCUGUAGGUGGCAGCAGUGAGUGGCUGUGGUCUUUCCACUGAAAAGAAAGGCUGUGGGGUUGCAGCUACAUGGUGACUCUUGGGUUUGUUUCCCUCUCUGCAUGGAUGCUGUCAUCCCCUUUGAGUGGUUGAGCUCGAUAGUAGCAGAUUUCUUAAAGGGUCAUGGCUGAAAAACAACAUUCAAGUACUUGAAGUGACUUUUAUCUCUUUUAUUAAAUGAGAAAAGAAACCUAAAAUCCUCAGCGUCGUCUGUCUGGUGUUCUUGUAAAAUUAGCCAUCUGCUGUACAUUGUUUCAAUUUUAUUUAGUUUAUUUAUCACAUUUCUGUGUGUAUUUGUGAGGGAGUGAUUGUUGUUUGUAAUUUAUGUUUGUGGGUUGAUUGCACAAGUCUAUUUAAGAGUCAGUGGCAAUGUUUUCAACUGAAUUUACUGACUUCUCUGAACGUAUCUGGAAAAGAUCACAAAUUCCUUCCAUUGUUACACUUAAUCUCAGAAGACUGAACGCUCAGUUUCUGCUGGAACACAACAUUUUUUAGCUGGCGAGGCUAAAACUUAAUGUUGAAGGUCAAAUACAUGAGUUUGCACUUUUUUGUUUGUUUUUAAAGAAAAACUUGGCAACAAAUUCUGGAAGAUUUUAUGAAAUGUCCAAGACAAACAACUGUGCUUCUUUUCAUGUAUGUGUUUCUGUUUAGCACUCAUUAAAACUCUGAAAUGUUAGAGAAAUGAAAAUCCACUUAGAGAGGAUGAAAAAUAACUUUGCAUUGUGGUAAUAUGUGACCCCCAUGGCCAAAAAUUACAUUAAGAUUCGUUCCAACUCAAAAUCUUGAAUUCUGCUCUUCUGUUACUUCUCCUAAAUGAGAAAUGUUUUAUGUGAAGAGUAUAGCUGCAAACUGAACUGCUGCUAACGUCAGGAUUUGGGUCCUGAAUAAUUUUGAACACUGUUGGUAUAUUUGAUGUACAUGUCUUGAUUUGCCGUUGUGCUUUUCUUUUAAUAAAAAGGUUUAUUUCUGUUUGUUAAUACCUGCUGCAGAGAAAGCUGUGCUCUACACUCACCCGAAAGCUUUUACCUCUUCUAGAAAACUAUAAAUAAAUAAAAAAGCAGCUUCUGGUAAUAAAAUUUGGCCCUUCUGCCUCUGAUUUAACAUUUUUGUCAAGAUCUCCUUCCCAUUUAGAAGGAUCAGUCACCAAUAAAGUUCACUCAAAGUA